AUGAAUGAUGAUGAAAGUGUCAUCGACGACUCCAGGACCCCAACUGCCCAAAACAAUUCCUCGACGUCCAUCUCAUCGCUCUUGGUCUACAUGCAGCGGCGACUAUCGGAUAUAGUUGGGCCAGACUCGCGCUCGGGUCAAACCAACCUCGUCGGACGCGAAGCAGGAUUUAGCAUUGACAAUGAAAGUCAGAGUGCGAAUGUACCCGUUACAUUUGGUGGAGGUUUGGCUCCUUCAGACAGUCCAGUCGAUACUCCGGUUGUGGUGAAUAAUCAUGUCAAUGAAUCGCCUUCGUUACACCGAGCUGGGCUACUCCAACCGAAAUCUUAUAAUGCACCUUCCUUCCUGUCCAACUCAUCUCCGGCCGUUGAGUCCCAUCUCCACGACAGCGAUUCAAUUCGUGCUGCGACUCUCGAGCUAUCCAAUAUGCCCUUCCUAUCCUCCACAGGAAGCCACGGCGGCGGUGUAGGCUCAUUUCGAUCUUUCAACUUAGUACCAGAGCACCCACCAACUCGAGAAGAUCGGCCAGGGCCCACUGCAGGAGGAUUCAUUUUCCCUCAAUCCACAACACCACGGUCGUCAUCUAUUUCUGACCUGGGCCUUGAAAUGGAACCUGACCAAACGUCGCUCGUGUCGCACAGCUUGGCUUCAUCAUUCUUGCGCGAUUUGCCCUCUUCUGCAACCUCUACAUCCGGAUCAGGGUCUGGUUUAGAUUCGUCAAUAGCAACCUUACCCCCGGCACCCCCUUCGGAUGUAUCGGACCACCAUCCUGGAGAACAACAACCACGGACCUCACCCGAAAAAAGAAAACCAUCUGGAAUUGCACUUCUUAGGCCUUUAACUUCACGUUCUUCUAGCCUCUCUUCUACGCGCUCCGCAAGUGGAGAGGCUAGCAAGGCUAAAUCUGAGUAUCAGCAAAAUACACCUACUCAAAUCAACGUGAUACCGGCUGACCCAACACCAACUGCAACGCCCGUGGGUACUCCGCGCCCUCAAGCGCAACAGCCUCUGCCAACACCGAAUCGCGUGCAUUGGCGCAGUCCCACAUCCUUGGCACGACCACUAGGGCCCUCACCCUCUCAGUCAUACUCCACAACACAACAACAUGCCGAUGAAAGUACCCCCUUGCUCCAGUCACAACAUCACCGCGUGUUAUCAGAUUCAGAAAGAUCUGGCUCCAGCACACCUGAUUCCGCUUCGCCACCGCCUAAGCAUAGGUUCUUGAACGGGCAUAUUCAAAGGCACGAAGGUGGUAUUUCAGGCGAUGAAGAGGAAGCUUGGGGCCCGCGAACCUUUUUUGAAGGCACGAGCCCAAAAUUUGACUUACACUUGGCUAAACCUAGGCUGCAUGUUACUGUGAAGGAAUUGAAGGCGAAAGUGAAAGCGGAGGUAGUGAAAACCCCAGAACAUGCGCGCACAGCUGUGAAAGCCAUUCCCGCCGUCCUGUUAGGAUGCUUGCUGAACAUUUUGGAUGGUGUUUCCUAUGGCAUGAUCAUCUUCCCAGCAACUGGCGUAUUUGCGGAUCUAGGACCAAUGGGUGUUUCGAUGUUCUUUGUAUCCGCCGUUGUGUCGCAAUUGGUUUACACGUUUGGAGGUUCCGGCUUCGCAGGUGCAAAUGGAAGUAUGAUGAUUGAGGUUGUGCCAUUUUUCCAUAUUCUUGCGACGAGCAUCGCCAGCGAGAUUGGCGAGGAUCAACCUUUGGCGAUCGUAGCCACAACCCUCGUCGCUUAUGCUUUCAGUUCAAUACUUACAGGCCUUGCAUUCUUCUUGCUUGGUGCUUUGAAAUUAGGUGUUGUUGUGGGUUUCUUCCCACGUCAUAUCUUAGUUGGGUGUAUCGGUGGUGUUGGCGCAUUCCUUAUUGAAACAGGCUUGACUGUUUCCAUGCGUAUAUCGGAGGAAGAUUUCACCAUGUCCUGGGAGACAAUCCAAUUUAUGUUCUUGGAUAGCCAUAAUUUAAUUCUCUGGACUCUUCCUCUGGCGCUCGCUAUUAUUCUCAGGAUAAUCACACACAAAUUUCACCAUCAGCUUAUUUUCCCUGCUUAUUUUAUCAUUAUUCCUAUUAUAUUCUACAUUGUUGUUUUUGCUGCUGGGUUGGAUUUGGGACACCUACGUAGGACAGGUUGGAUUUUUGACAUGGGUGCUUCUGCACAAGAACCCUGGUAUAAAUUCUACAGUUACUUCAACUUUGGGUUGGUUCGUUAUAGUGCAUUGUGGUCAACUUUGCCCACCCAAUUCGCAUUACUAUUUUUCAACAUUCUUCAUCCUCCCUUGAAUGUACCCGCUCUCGCUGUAUCUCUCAAUGACGACGUCGACACGAACAAGGAACUUGUUGCACAUGGAUACUCUAAUCUUCUAGCAGGACUUAUUGGCACAGUUCCAAAUUAUCUCGUAUAUGUAAACACUCUUCUAUUCUAUCGCGUGGGCGGAGACAAUCGUAUUUCUGGAUUUUUGCUCGCUGUCGCUACUGCCAUUUUGCUUGUAAUUGGCACUGCGCCCAUUGCAUUUAUACCUAUAAUGGUCGUUGGGGCCUUAAUUUUUGUCUUGGGUAUCGAUCUCGUGAAGGAGGCCGUUUGGGAUAACCGGCAUCGCGUCAGCUGGUCUGAGUAUAUCACAAUCAUCAGCAUUAUGGUGUGCAUGACCGUCUGGGACUUUGUCAUUGGUGUAUUAUUUGGGAUCAUUGUUUGCUGUUUCUUUUUUGUUGUUCAAAAUUCGCAGCUACGCAGUGUACGUGCCAUGUACACAGGAGAUCUGGCUAUGUCGGCUGUUCGUCGCCCCAGUUUACAACGCGCAUAUAUCCGAGAAGUUUCGAAGCAGACAACUAUUCUCCGUCUCCAAGGUUUCCUAUUCUUUGGCACAAUUACUUACGUGGAAGAAACUAUACGCAGCCUGCUGGAAGGUCCAUAUUGGGAGCAGCAUCUACUUUCUUUUCUUGUCCUCGAUCUAUCACUCGUUGCGGGCAUUGAUAUGUCCUCCGCGGAGGCAUUUGUUCGAAUCCAGAGGCUCCUGGCUGCAAAAAGAGUGACCCUUGUCUUCUGUGGCUUUACAGCUGAUUCUCCAAUUGGAAAUGCUCUACGCAGCGUUGAUGUGAUAGGCACAAACGGUGUCGAGCUUUUCACUACUUUCAGUGAUGCCAUGGAAUGGACUGAAAAUGCAUAUCUACGGGCGUGGUUCAGGUCACAGAAGAUGGAAACCUCGCCACAUAGUCUUGCUGUACCAAGCCGACGAGAUGCAGACAUCGAAUAUAGCCACCUGGUUGGAUCAUUCGUUCGCUCUCCCCGGCGCUCUCAUCUGCGCGAUGUCGGCGAUCGCACUAUCGCAGCGGAAGUUUUCUCGGAACCACAUCCAGAUAUCAACUACGAACCCCUGAACGCCGUUGCGAAAGCGUUUUCCUCGUACGGACAUGUUGAUCCCGUCCUCUUCCGGCCCAUCAGCAGGUAUCUGGAGCGGAUUUCAAUACCGGCAGGGCAUGUCCUCUGGCGGCAAGGCGACCAAUCUAAUGGGUUGUACGUUAUUGAGUCUGGAGUGAUGAGAGCGUCCUACCAGUUCGCUGGAAACGAGCAUUUCGAGGAGUCAAUGGUCGCUGGCACAUUAGCGGGCGAGAUGUCGGCUCUUGCGGACUCGCCGAGGAAUGCGACGGUUGUGGCAGAACAGCCAUCGGUGCUGUGGAAAUUCAGUAAUGAGAACAUUCAACGCUUGCAGGUCGAGGAACCGGAAUUGGCGAGGGUAUUUAUUCAACUUGUCCUCAAAGCUGCGAAUAUGGAUUAUGACAUCCUACUGUCUGCUAUUGCAUCCAGGCAGUAA